GAACGAGUAAUGAAUAGUGAAAAAUCAUGACUCUGUGCAGUGGGCCGAAUAACGGCCCAAGAUAUUGCCCCCUUCGGCCCUUUCCUUUUCUUCUACUUUCUCUUCUGACUCCACCAGUAUCAGCGAGCUCAAACCGACAGCAACAGCCUUGGUCAUCCCCUCCUCCCCAGGGGGUCCUACCUGUCGGCCUCCGAAGUCCACUCGCGCCCCCCGCCAUGGCCAGCACAACCGCCUCGCCGCCGCCGGCCGCCGGGGACCACCCCCGCGUUCUCCUCCGCGGUUUGCUCUCCCGCGAGACCUGCAAGGAGCUGGAGUUCGUGCACCGGAGCUGCGGCGCCGCCGGGUACCGCCCGUCGGUGGUGUCGACGUCGCUGCCGCACCUGGCAGCCACCGGCUGCGGCCACCUCCUGCUCCCGUUCGUGCCCGUCCGCGAGCGCCUCCGCGACGCCGUGGAGUCCUUCUUCGACUGCCUCUUCGAUGUCUUCAUCGAGUUCACCGGGCUCAUCAGUUGGUGUAAGGGAGCUUCUAUUGGAUGGCACAGUGAUGAUAAUAAGCCUUAUCUUAGGCAAAGGGCAUUCACAGCAGUUUGCUACUUGAACAAUCAUGGAGAGGACUAUAAGGGUGGAAUUCUGCAAUUUCAGGAUGGUGAUCCUUCCUCUAUUGUUCCAGUUGCCGGUGAUGUUGUCAUCUACACUGCUGAUAACCGUAAUGUCCAUUGUGUAACCGAGGUGACUGAAGGGGAAAGACUCACCCUGACUCUUUGGUUCACUAGAGACCGUGCUUAUAAUGAGGAUCCAAAACUCCUUACUUUUCUCUCUCAGACAUCAUUGAGCUGUGAACCAACUAAGCAAAAGUUUUAUAUUCCUAUGCCAGCCUCUGAUAACAUGUAUUGGUUUCCCUGUGAUCAAUCUGGCUUUGACAUACGAUGUGCUAGAGUGCAUGUCCUUGGAUUUAGUUUUCACUCAAGCAGUGGAGAAUACAGUACAUCUGUGCUGCCAACAGAAGAUGACCCAGUAGAGUUGCUUGGGAAGCAACUGCGGCUCGGGAGGGGAGAUGAUGUCUUUGAUAAAAUAUUUUCUAACAGCCUGCAUGCUCUUCAGGUGGUGCAAUUCUACUACUGGAAAGCACCUGAGCUGGCAGCAAGGAGGGAACAAAGUGCCGUUGGUUCAAGAACAGUCCGCUAUCCAGUUAUAAUACAUCACUCAAGAGGAACAGAACUACCAUUACCAUGCAAUCACACACUUGCACAAACCAUAUUUGGAUCAGUUAACACUGCAGAGAUUGCUUUCAAGUGGAAUGAUUUUGCAUUAGGUGUUGCUAUGUGGGAAAAUUAUUCAGAAGAUUUAAAGAAACAGUUGUUGACAUUUUUGCCAUUCUGGUUGUCCAAUGAAUCCAUUUUCGUCGUUGAUUCCUCUGAGUUACAGAGAGCUGAACCAAUCUAGUUCUCCAAUCGUGAUUUGGAUCUGCCUCAUGCUUCAACGAUAUAGCUGGACGGGAGGUAUGCUUUUCUCAAGCUCCACUGGGAAUACUGGUACAGUAUAUUCCCAUCAACAUCAUAAAAGAUGAAGUCAGCUUGGUCCUGGUGUAGCUGGAGGGACAUGAACCCUUGCCCAUCAUAAAAGAACUCGAGGCUAUCUUGAUUUG